CUCAGGCAGAGUAACGUUCAUUGCCACAGAGAGGCUGUUAUCAGCUCUGCUAGAGCGUGUCGCAAGGGUUUAGAGGUCGAAGUGCAAGGUAAAAAAAAUAAUAAUAAUAAUAAUAAGAAGAAAAAACUACAGCAUUAAAAAAAAAAAGCUACGGUCUGUUUGUUUCCGAGCGCGUGGACAACUGUUGGAGUCGUCGUCUCGGUGUUGACUUUUCCACUGAGGAGGCAGAUAUUUAUUUAUUUAUUUAUUUAGACCAAGCUCGCGCUCUGUCCACUCAGGAGCUGAGCUGUUUAACAGCGCGCAGUUGGCAGGAAGACACUCGGAGCAAAGUGUCGCCGAAAGCAGAGGACUUGUAGAUAACGCGGUUAUCUCAGAGGACAGAGAGGCAGAAGGAGAGGGAGGAAAGAAGGACAGGCGGAGAAAUGGAGAGCCGAAGUUGGGAGAAACUUGACACACUGCUGUCCAUUCUGACGCUGCUGUGCCUUUGCCCAGGUCUUCUGGCCCAGCUUGAGUUGCCCCAGACAAAUGUGGUGGUGAUUCAGGGGCAGACGGCAGUCCUUCAGGCCUCAUACAUAGGAGGUGACCCCAGUUCGGCCACCAUCAUCUGGACCUAUUUGGAUCAAUCUGAAAUAAUCAUUCGCUAUAAUAAUGGGCUCGAAAUCGGCACUCAGUAUAAAGGCAGAGUGGGCUUUGUCCAUCCAAUGCCCAGUAACAAUCUGUCAAUCUACAUCAAUAACACAUCCGAGUCGGAUUCGGGAGUAUAUAUUUGCCAGGUUUUAUCUUCCGGUAUUGCUGGAUUUGUGAAGCAGCUGACGCUUAAUGUGACGGUUCCUCCUGCCAUGCCCAUUUGUAAGCUGCAGGGAAAGCCAGAAGUCAAAGCUAAUGUCACACUCAGCUGCUUCUCCAGCUCUGGCAAACCUGUACCCAAAUACAAGUGGUCCAAAACCAGCCCAACCUCUGAGUUCUUCUUCUCCCCGAUGCUCAAUGAGGCUGCGGGCACCCUGAAGCUGAAUAACCUGAGUAGCAACAUGUCGGGGAAGUACGAGUGCACAGCCUCCAACUCUGCAGGAGAGGCCAAGUGUUACAUCAACCUGGAGGUCAUCACCUCAACUAAUGCUGGGGUGAUAGCUGGCGCCACGGUGGGUGCACUGGUGGGCCUCAUCCUCAUCAUCCUUGUCAUCGUUUUCUUGUGGACACGGAAAAGGAAGGACACGGAGGAUGAUCUGGCCAAUGAUAUUAAGGAGGAUGCUCAGGCCCCUAAGCGUGUCUCAUGGGCGAAGAGUGGCACAGGCUCUGACAUCAUCUCCAAAAACGGCACGCUGUCAUCCGUCCGCUCCAGCCCUCUACCUCACGACACACACGACCACCACAGCCACCAUUACCCUAUCACACAACCCACCUCUGACACAGCCUCCAUCAUCACAGGCAGCACAAGCUACCAGCCCCGACCUGCAGGCAUCUCCAGCACCCCAGAACACGCUCUGCCCGGCUACAACACCAACGCCAUGGCGCCACGCAAUCCCCCAGCACCCUCCAGUUCCAACGGAGGCUCCCUACCCAGGACUGCAGCUCUUCAGCCUCCGACCUCACGCUAUGUUCCUGCCCCGAGUGGAGUGAGCGCCGCCAACCUCUCCCGCAUGGGAGGCGUGCCCAUUAUGGUUCCUGCACAGAAUCAAGCCGGUUCUCUCGUCUAGGGCUGAAGUGGUUUAGCUGUUUAGAGUGCCCCCUGCUGGAACUCAUACUGGAAAUGACUGAAUGUGGAGGUGGUUUUAUAAAAGGGAAGAGCUUUGAGAGUCUUUUCACUGACUGUCCUGAAAAUGCGCAGUAUAAUGUAAUCUUAUUUACAGAAAUGAAUUUUUUAUGUUUUAUAUAUAGAUAUAAAACCAUUGUUUUAAUUACAUCAGUUCUAUUAUUUAAUACAUUCACUAUCUUUUUUACAAUGUUUUUCAGGAAAGUUACAGAAAGUCUGCUCUUGCUGUGAAGUGACUGACACACACACACACACACAUUACUCCUCACUGUUAGCUAGAAUGACUUUUUUCAUUUAUGUGUUAAAUAUGUUAAAACAUCUAGAUAGAAAUGUAGGUCUAGUACACAUUAUUUACAUUUUUAUGUAAAAUCUUUUUAUAUUAACAUUCCUUAUUUGUACAUAACCAUCAACAAAACCAGAGGAAAAAUAAAAGAACUGAACUGGCUGUUUUUGGAUUAAGUGGAGAAAAAUGUGUCUUUAAGUGUACUGUGGCAAAAUACAUAUAGGAAAAAGAACAUCCCAAGUACAUAUUUCAUUUUUAGAAAUAUAGCUGUCGUAGUGUUUUUCAAUAUAGACUGUUGAAUUUUGUAUAUACAAAUAUUAAUGUAGUUAUUUAGCCCUUUAUUUUCAUGCUGCCAAGCAGAUAUAGUAGUAAUGAUGUAUAGUAUGUGAAUGAUGGAUUAGAAACACUAUUCUACCUGAAACUUUAAAUAUUUGUUUCUAUUCAACUAUGGUGGGCUUUUCCACACAUGAAUUAAUUCAAAACACUGAACUGUAUAUUAAACUGAUAAAAUGUUUGGAUCAGAUAUUUUGGAGAAUAACUAUAACUGGGGCAGGCCAGGUGCAGGGGAUCCAUAGAGAAGACAUUCUUUUUGAUCCAAAUAUUUAGGUUUUGUCUCAGGCUUUUUUAUUAUACACUCGCAUGCCACAAAAUUGGGCAGGUGAAGAUAGAAAAAAGACCAGGAUGGAAAAAGACCAACCACAGAUUCCUGUUCUUGGCUGAAAGGAGUGGAACCUGAUGUGUUGUAGAACCUGAUGUCAUCGCCCAUCAGCCCCAAGGUUUGGCGUGUUGAGUGUUCUGAGAUGCUUUUCUGUUCACCAUGGAUGUAAAGAGUGGUUAUUUGAGUUAUCAUAGUCUUCCUAUCGACUCAAACCCAGUCUGGCUAUUCUCCUCUGACCUCCCUCAUCAGCAAGGCCUUUCUGUCUACAGAACUGCUGCUCACUGGAUGUAUUUGGUUUUUCACACCAUUCUGUGUAACAAUAAUGUCACAGUCAAAGUCACCAAGAUUGCAUUUUUCCCUCAUUCUGAUGUUUAUGUGGAUAUUAACUGAAGUUCUCUCAAAUACUGAUUUUUUCCCUCCAAUUUGUUCACCAUCCACUUCUCACCCAGCCAGCUCUCCCCUAUUAUGCAACAUCUACCAGCCAGGGACAGUGAAGACUAACCAGUUCUUCUCUGAGAAACAUAAAACCAGCCAACUAUCUUUUUGAACUGCUGCUCAUGCUGUAUCACAGGGCGGGAUAACACCCACCUUAACAUAGAUGAGCUCAUGGGUGACCACAACUGGCUAAUGUUGCUGUGAUUGACAGGGGAGAAAGAAUAUACCAUCCCACCCAUCCAGAUUUGGCUCCCUUUGCUCCAGGCCAGCUGUGACAUAAUCGAGAUUCAAACUCACAAUGAUAGGGGGACCACUUUUCUGUUCUGCCACUCAGGAGCAGUAUCUGUAUAUGAUUUCAUGCAUUGCAAUACUGCCAUAUGAUGGGCUGUUUGAUUAAUUGCAUGAAAGGGCAGGUGUACUGGUGUUCCUUUUACAGUGGCUGGUGAGAGUAUAUAGCAGGCAUUUUAAUUAAAAUAAUCAUUUACCAUUCAUGGUUUAGUACAUAAAUCUAAUUUGGAAAUAUCAGAGAGAGAUAAAAAAAACUGCAGUGUGUUCUGACUGCAUGGUUAUCAGAAAUCACACUACUAGUCCUUUAGGAUAGAUAGCAUAGUAUGACUUUUGUUCAAACUCAACCCAAAUUAAUAGAUGGUUAUAAUAAAAACCAAACUGUGUCAAUGUCUCAACAGCGAUGUUAGAAUGAUCUAACUUUCCACUGGAGAGAGAGGCAGGUCUUUAUAUCAUAUACAUGCCAAAAUAGUGUGGUCCUUUUACCAUUUUCCUCAUGAAAUCUUUACAGAAUUCUGUACUGCUAAUAAUUAUGCCAUUUGCUAUAAGAAAACUGAAGUGUUUUAAACUUGCAAUUAUAUUGUAAUGAUAUAAUUAUAUUGCAGUGUUUUAAACCACUUCAAAUAUUAUGUUGUACUUUAUUAUAUUAUUGCCUGCAGGAUGUUUUUGUAUUUUUUUAAACAAUGAUCUAACAAGCACUUGUGUGAGUGUAUUGAUUUACUGUGUAUUGCCAGUCUUAUAGUGUGUAUGUACAUAGCACAGAUUGAAUAUAUAGACAUUUAAUAAGGUGCACUGUCUUCUAGAGCAUCUUGAACUGUUAUGUAUAUGGGACAUCUUCUGUACAUGGAACUGAGGAUACUUUGUAUUGACAUUUUUAAUUAAAUGAAAACUGACUUUAAGAGA